GCACGUCAGUCUUUAAACACUCCCACCUAGAGCCUUUCUCCCACCCUCAUCUAAGGCAAUCGAAUGCAGCGUGAAUGGCAAGCAAAAAACACACCACAAAUUUUUUUUAUUAUGAAGCUUUAAAGAACGUCUUAAAAUGAACAAAAAUAAGCAUCCGGAAUCGUAUUCAAUUUAAGGAAUCAUAAUUUUAAAUUUUCAGUAGAACUCAAGCAAGCUUUUUAGAUUUUAGACAAAAUUUAUUGGCUUAUUAUUAUUCGUCAGUAAUUUUCAUUUUGUAUUUAUAUUCUGUAUCUUUGUUUAGUGUGUUGUUGUAGUUUUUUAAAAUUCGUAUGCUUUGUCAAAAAAUUUUGAUUUUGUAAAUGCAAAAGCGAAUUUUUUAAAACUGAUAGUAUAUUAUACUAAUCUCUUAUAAUUUCCUGAACAUCAAACAACCUACGCAAGCCAAUAAGAUUGAGUCAUAGUACAUGAAGAUCCAAUCAUUAGGUUUCUUGGUAACAAUCAAAAUUUCUCAUUCACAUGAAUCAUCCAAGAAGCAUAUAUAAAAGUGACUUUGGUCCUCAUUCCUGGUUUGAAAAUAAUUUCAGUUCAGAUGUAGAAGAAUUUUGUUCUCCGGAUACCAUUGAUGAUUGCUUAAAAUACAUUUCACAAGAAUUCAGUGCCUUAGGUUAUCCAUCCAUUUAUGCUGAUCCUAGUUCUGGUCCACAUUUAGUGAAUUGUGAUAUUGUCAAGUUCUUGAAUGUUAUAUUUGAGAUUCUUAAAGAUUUAAAAGAACAUGUGGAAAGUAAAGAAGAACUUAACAGCAGAAAUCAGCGCUUGGCAAGUGAUCUUAAUAUUUUAAAUAAGAAAAACACUCAGUUGAAAGAGCGCUUGGAACAGACUGAAAGGAAGCUUAGCAGCUCCAUCGAAAAGGAGAGGCAACUUAAAAUUAAAAAUGAGCAGUUCCAGAGUCUUUUAAAAAGUGAAAAGGAUGAGGCUAGUUUUUCCUUUUUCUUUUUUUUUUAGACUGUGCUGUUGUCA